GAAUUGGUGUUGGAGGGGAAUAUCAAAGCCAAGCUCAGGGACUUCAGCACCAUGAAGUAUUUGAAGCUCCUGGUCCUCCUAAGCACCGAGAUUACAGGCAGCCUUCAGGACCUGCACGGCAUGAGGGAGUUGGAAUCGCUGACUGUCAAAGGCACAGAGGUCACUGGCAGCCUGAAAGAUCUACAAGGCAUGAAGAACUUGAAUCACCUGGCCCUCCACUGCACCCAGAUCACUGGCAGCCUCGAGGACCUGAAGCGCAUGAAGAAGAUGAAGCGUCUGAUGCUCUAUGGCACCGACAUAACUGGCAGUUUACAGGACCUGCAGGACAUGCAAAUCUAUCACCUGGCCCUCUACGGUAUGUCCAUCACUGGCAGCUUGAACGAGCUGCAAAGCAUGGGGCAAAUGAUUAAGUUGAUCCUCCGCAGCCCCUGGAUCAUUGGUAGUCUGGCGGACUUGCGGGGAAUGUCACGAAUGCUUGUGCUGGCACUUCAAAGCCGCCAUAUCAAUGGCACGAUCAAAAGUCUAUCCCAGAUGUAA